CAGCUCAACGUCCAUCAUCAUGUCCCAGAGAUUUAAUAGCGGAGCAGGACCAAGCUAUGCAGCAGCAGCAAACCCCAGCACGGGAUUCAAUCAAGAUAAAUCCAGCGGCCCAGUCGAGACCGUAAAGGAAGUUGCCAGCAAAUUUGAAGACUUUAUAGACACAUAUACUCAAGGUUUGAAGCCACAUCUUCCUGCAUUCGGUAGAUUCCUCAUUGUCGUAACUUUCAUUGAAGACGCUUUAAGAAUAGUCACACAAUGGAAGGAUCAAAUGUGGUAUUUGCAAAGACAUCGUCAUUUCUUCUGGAUCCUUGCUUUCUCCUUUUUAGUUAUCAAUGUUGUCGUUAUGUUAGCAUGUUCGUUUUUGGUAAUCAGACGCCAACACGCAGUUUUCGCUGUAGGAGGUUUAUUGGCUGUCGUUGUAAUACAAGGCUUUGGAUACGGUCUCAUCUUUGACUUGAAUUUCUUCCUCAGAAACCUCUCCGUUAUCGGUGGUCUCAUGAUGGUCAUGUCUGAGUCUUUUAUCAAAAAGAAAAACAUUUUCGCAGGUUUACCUUCGAUUAGUGAAACUGAUAAGCGCAAGUAUUUCCAACUCGCUGGUCGUGUUUUACUUGUUUUCCUUUUCCUUGGUUUCGUUGUUCAAGGUGAAUGGUCCAUCAUUCGCAUCAUCUUCUCCAUCAUUGGGCUUCUCGCCGUCACCCUCGUCGUUGUCGGCUUUAAGACAAAGUGGUCAGCUACUUUCCUCGUUUUACUGUUGUCCAUCUUCAACAUUCUCAUUAAUAACUGGUGGUCAAUGCACCAUGCUCAUCACCAACGUGAUUUCCUCAAAUACGAUUUCUUCCAAACACUUUCUAUCGUCGGUGGUUUAUUAUUGCUUGUCAAUAUGGGUCCAGGUGGCAUUUCAGUCGAUGAAAAGAAGAAGGUUUACUAGUUUGUUUGUCUAAACUAAUUGUUAAUGCUAAAGUACAAAUAAAUAUUUUUUAAAUUAUUCACUCUUGUUAUAUUAUACGUGAUUAUUUGCUAAUAAAGGUUGUCUUUCAUUAGGUGUAGUUCUCUCAUCAACCGUGUGUUCAACUGAGGUAGUUCCUUUGACUCUGAUAUCAGCCAAUUUACAUUCCUUGUCCCAAUUAAUACGAGAAACUAUCCAAAGAACAGCAAUAACAUUUAAACCUAAUGCUAUGGACAUACCAAGCCAAAGACCGAUAAGUCUGUCACUUUGAGCAUUUGGCCAUGGCCAAUGUGCGAUUGGGUUGAUCUUGGGCAAGAAAGCCAUACAAAUCGCUAAUGGAAGUCCAAUAAUAUAGAAUCCAGUUAUUUGAAUGACUGCACCAGUUAAUUGACGUCCAGUUGUACGUAAAAUACCUAAACAAGAUGAUAUAGUUCCAUCUGUGAACUGGAACAUAGCAACGAGGGGCAAGAUUUUUGCGACUAAUUCUAUAACGUCAGCAUCCGAUGUGAAUAUUUUAGCAAAUGAGUUUCUGAAUGUUAAAAAUAUCAAAGCAUUACAGAAUGCAAUACCGAAUGAUAAAUUAACAGUCGCUUUCGUAGCGGCUGAAGCUCUAUUUGGUAAGUAUUUGCCCAUCAAUGUACCGAUUCUGACUGAGCUAGCAACACUCAAAGCUGAUGGUAAUUGGUAACUGAUUGAUGAACUGGUGUUUAUAACCGAUUGUGCAGCUAAUGCGGUUGGUGAAAUGAAUGACGCAGCGAAAGCCAAGCCUUCCCAGGCAAACCAUUCACUAAGUGUCAUCGUAGCAGCGGAUGCACCGAGCUUUAAAACAAACAUCAAGAUCUCUGAAAACUAAAUAGCUAAAUCCGCCCCAAGUAUCAUGUCUAACUUUAGGAGUGAAAACAAUGUAAAGCAAGAGCAUCAAGGCAAUAAGAUCAAUACAGAUUGCAGAUGCAAUUGGACUACCAAUGAAUCCUAAACUAGUUCUCCAAACGAGGAGGUAUUGUAACAACAUAUUCAAUGGACUGAUAAUAAUAAGGACGAUAGUUGGGACGUGCAUAUUACCACAGCUUUGUAAAAACUUUCUGAGUAAUUCAAAACCAGCGAAUCCAGGCAACGAAGCAAUGUAAUACCUCAAGUAUGUUCCUGCAAGAUGUGCAACUUCUGCAUCUUGACCGAUAGACAAAAGGAUACGUUCAGCAUUAAACCAGACAGUACCGAUUGGAACGAUAAGUAUGGAGAGUACAAUACCCAUUCUAACAGUCCAUGUACCGCAGAGUUGUGGAUUCGAAGAGGCGUAUGACGUUGCUAACAAGCUAUCCAAACCAGUUGCAAAUCCUUGUAUGAGUGCAAAUCCAGUAACAGCGGCUGUCAUCGACGACAAACUCAUAGCCGCAAGUGCCAUCUUGUCUAUAUGACCAACCGAGAGAACACUGGCAACGUUCAAACUGUAUUCUAGUAAAUGUGUCAAGUAUAUCGGAACCAAAUAUAUUGAUAUAAUACGUAAUUCUGUCAUGAUAGUCGAUGAAUCUUUGCUGUCUGAAUCGUAGUCGACGGGAAUUGGAGCGUGUAGCUGUGGAGGCUUUUGUAUGUCAAGGAAGGAUUGUCUUCUACUUGCUGUGUCACUGUAUGAAUGUAUAGAUGAUUGCCUAUUUGGGAGUGCGAGAUGGUCGUCAUCUGUGCCAUUUCUAUGGCUACUUAUACUAGCAGCAGCCUCAUUAUCCUCGUUGUCGGAAUGACCGAAUAUAGAUUCCAGCGUAUUGUAAUCUCGCGGUAUAGAGCUGGAAUAUAUCGAAGAUCUCUGCAUUCUGGGAUGAGAGAUGAUGAU